AUGGGAGCCGAUACCGAUGCCAGGGGAAGGGACAGGGGGGAAGAGGAGGCGAAGAUGUGGAGAACUAGAGUUGGUGGCAGAGUGAAGGGCACAGGGGAGACGCGAGAGGAGAGUGGGGAGAGGGUCGAGGAGGAGGGAGCGGAGGGAGAGGAGGGAGGGGAGGACGAAGAGAGAGGAGAGGGAGGGGAGGGAGAGGAGGGAGAGGAUGCGAAUUCCGCAAUGGCUAGGAUGUUGUGGAAGAGGAUAGAUGCGGGUGGCAUGGGGAUGACGAUGGGGGCAUGGAGGAGGAGAGAGACGGUGGGGGUGAGGGGGGAGGAGUGUGAGGGAGAGGAGGAGGAACGGGAGGGGAAGGGCAAGGGAGAGAAGGGAAGGGGAAAGAAGGAGAUGGAGGACAUGGAGGAAACGGAGGAGGAAAGGCAGCAAGCGGGUGGACAAUCAGGUGGAAAUUCAGGGGAUGUUUCAGGUGGUUUAUCAGGUGCUGUUGGCGCCCAAAAAAAACUAAUCACUGACUUCUUUGGAGGCGGCAACAGGCACAGGCCACGUCAGCAGCAACAACGGCCCCAGCAACAGCAAGCGCCUGGGGCAGCCGCUUCAUUGGCUGAGGUUUCCCGUGGGCACCAGCAGGGAGCAGGACGAGGCGUGAAGUGGGGAGGAGGAAGGUUCGCAGGGAGGGGCGGGAGUGGGAGCGCGGGACGAGGAGGGAUGUCAAAAGGGAGAGGUGGUGGCUGGCACGGGGGGAGAGGGCGAGGUGGGGUGUCGUUACCAGAGGCGUGGGAGAUGAUCCCAGGCACUGACUUCCUGGUGGUGAGUGCGGUAGGGUAUUGUGACUACAACGGCCUGACCAAAUCAUUCCGCUUUGGCACAGUCUAUUGCUCCGCAGUCACUGCCCGGCUCGUGAAACUCCGUCUCGGGCUGCCCGAAGAGAAAAUUUGCGAGCUGCCCAUGGGCGAGCGGGUAGAGAUCGCUGGCGUGGGUGUGACACUAAUGGAUGCUAACCACUGCCCGGGGGCAGUUAUGAUUCUGUUUGAACCUCCCAAUGGACAGGCAGUGCUCCAUACGGGCGACUUCAGAUGGCACCCCUCCAUGGCUGCUCUGCCCUGCCUCGCUGCCACGAGCAUUCACACACUCAUCCUCGACACCACCUACUGCCACCCCAAGGUGACUCAGCAUUCAGUUAGGGUGUUCUUGAGAAUUCUCAAAAACAACCCUCCGUUCCCCCUUCCCCUCUCCUCAACCCCACCACGCCAGUACGAGUUCAUUCAAGCAGAGGCGAGCAGAUGGACCCAAUCUAACCCCCCUCAACCCCACUCCACUCCCCUCCCCUCAACCCCACCACGCCAGUACGAGUUCCCUCCUCAGGAGGCGGCGCUGCAGUUUGUGGUGGAGGCCAUUCAGGCAGAGACGAGUAGAUGGACCCAAUCUAACCCUUUCGAUCCAUACCCUUCCAACUCCACCCCCAUCCACCCCACAAUGCAGUACGAGUUCCCUCCUCAGGAGGCGGCGCUGCAGUUUGUGUACGAGUUCCCUCCUCAGGAGGCGGCGCUGCAGUUUGUGGUGGAGGCCAUUCAAGCAGAGGCCUUCAACACCAGCGCGCUCUUUCUCAUCGGCACCUACACCAUCGGUGAGUUUGCUGCUGCUGCUGCUGCUGUGCUCUCUUGCAAGCCGUUGUGGUACCUCACGAGGCCUUCAACAGCAGUGCGCUCUUUCUCAUCAGCACCUACACCAUCGAGGCCUUCAACAACAGCACUUCGUAUCGAGAGACACACACCAUCAAUGGGUUCCCUGCUGCUCAUUGCCAGUUUGCCUUGUGUGCUCUCUAUAAGCCGGGGGUGGUCAGAAGACUCUCUAUGUGAGGGCGGUGAAGGGACACCUGAGGUGGUCAUAGAGGGACUCUCUCCGAGCCUUGGAGGCAUAGCACAGGUGGUGGCUAUCGCGACUUUCCACUCAUCCCUGUGUGCAACCCCCACAUCCACUGAGGCGCUUGAGCGGAGUGUCUAUGUGCCUUGGGCGGUGAAGAGCCACCUACUGGCGUGCCUUGGGCUCUCGCAUGAUGAUGACAUGGCCGUACGCAAGGAGAAGGUGUUCCUGGAAGCAGCUAAGGCUUUAAAGCGGAAGGUGUAUGUGGGGGCGGUGAAGAGGCGCCUGCUGGCGUGUCUAGGGCUCUCACAUGAUGAUAUGGCGUGGGUGGCUGGGGAUGGCGAGGAAGCUUCCACGAACCUGCACGCCGUGCCGCUCUGGUCAAUCUCCAGCUUCAAGAGGAUCGAGCACAUUGCCAAGUUCCACAGGCAACGUUAUUCCACCAUAAUCGCCUUCUCACCAUCCGGGUGGGCGUUUGACAAGUGCAAGAAGGCUCGGCCCAUCAGGCGAACGCAGCGAGGCACCAUCGUGAGGAUUAGAGAUCUGAACUUGCAGUUGGAGGAUCUGAAGAAGCAGGACGAAGCGAAGGUGAAAGUAAGCGAGGAGUUAUCCAAGAAGCUGAAGGACGCGCGCACUGAGAUCGAGCGACUGCAGCGCGCGGAGAAGGAGGCGAAGGGGGCGCAGGGCAUGAAGGUGGAGCUGGAGGAGGUGAAGAGAGCUUUGGAGGAAGCGGAGUUCAAGAAUCGCGACUACGCCAAGAUCCUCAAAACUGCUGAGGCUAGCGCUGCUCGUUUCAAGGAGCAGGUGGCUCACCUGACUGCGAAACUCCAAGACCAGCGUCGCGAGCGGGAAGAGCGGGAGGAGCAAAUGAACCAACUGGCGGCAGGAUCCGGCAGCGUGGAGCAACAGACGGCAGCAGUGCGUAAAGAGAACGACGAGCUUAAAGCCCGGGUUUCUCUGGCGGAACAGCGCAUGGCGGACGCUCAGCGGCUGGAGAAGGAGUUCAAGGCGAUGACGGGGGAGCGCGCGGACCUGGAGCUGCAGGCGGAGAUGGCGCGCAUGGGGAAGGAGAGCGCGGAGAAGCGGGCGGCGGAGGCGGAAGGGAAGGUGAAAGCGGCGGAGGAUGAGGGGAGGCGCGCGGUGUGUGUGCUGGAGGAGAAGAUGAAAGGGAUGCAGCGGGAGAAGGAGCAACUGCAGGAGGAGCUGCAGGCGGCGGUAAGGGGGAGGGAUGCGGAGAAGGGGGAGCUGGCGGGGAAGAUUGCGCGCUUGGAGGCGGAACUUGCGGAGUUGAAGCGCGAGGCGGGGAGACUGCACGAGGCGGCGAAGGAGGCGGGGAAUCAGAAGGUGCAGGAGAUUGAGGGACUGCAGAAGGAGCUGGAUGCGGCUGCUGCUGCGCUGGAGGAGGUGAAGCUGAAGUGCGGGGAAGCGGAGGAGGCACUGCGCGCGGAGAAGGAGCGGAGGCACGCUGAGGUGGCGGCUGCGGUUGGUUCCGCGGAGAGGAAAUGCGCGGAGUUCGAGGAGAGGGUGGCGGGACUGCUGAAGGCUGUUGAGAGGCUGGAGAGAGAGAACGCGGAGCUGAUCGGAAAGGUGGAGCUCGGUGAGGAGGAGUGCAGACGGGUGUUGAAGCAGAGCCAUGAGGCCGAAUUGAAGGUGGGACGGCUUGAGAAAGAGUUGAAGGGGGUGGUGGAGGAAAGGGAGAGGAUGGGGAACGAGAUGGGUGUUGUGCGCGCGGCUCUGAAGGAUGCGGAGCGGCGCAUGGAGGCGCAGGCAGAGGAGGCGCGCGCGCAGCUGCGCCAGUCGUACGAGGCGACCAAGGAGGAGGCGCGGAAGACGGGCGCGGAGAUCGAGGUGCUACGGCGGGAGGUGGAAGUGCGCGCGAGCGAGGUGGCGGAGUUGGUGCGGAGGGCAGAAGCGGCGGAGGCUGCGGCGGCGAAGGAGGCGGAACGGCGGUUGGCGGAGAGCAGCGCUGCGGAGAGUGCGCGCGCGAAGCUGGAAGGCAGGUGCCGGGAGGCGGAAGAACGCGUAGUGCAGCUGCAAGGGGUGGUCGCUGGGGAGGAGGGAGAGAUCGCCGGACUUCUGGAGCGAGCGACAGCAGCUGAAGCGGCCGGAAAGAAGGCAGAGAGCGAGCUUUGGGCGAUGGAGGCGGCGAAGGAAAAGGCGGAGACCGAGCUCGAGCGCGUGACGGCGGAAUGCGAGAGACUGGCGCAAGAGAUGGGGAUCCUGCGCGAGGUGGUGGAGGAUGUUGAAGGGCGCGUGGAGCGGGAGGCGAGUGAGGCCGCUGGAAUACUGGUGAAGCUCACCGUUGCAGAGAAGGAGGUUGACGGGCUGAGGAGGGAAGUCGAGGAGGAGAGGGCGAGGGCGGAGGAUGCUUUGAGGGAGAAGGCGGAGGCGUGCGGGGAGGUGGAGGAGGGGAGGGGGAAGAUUGCCGCGCUGGAGCGUGUGGUGGAGGAGGUGCGAGAGGCGUUUGCUGCUGCGACGGCGGAUGUGGAGAGGGAGAAGGCCGGGAAGGACGAGGCGGAGGAGGUGGUUGCGCGCUUGAAGCGGGAGAUCUCGCGGGAGAGGGAGGAGAUGGGGCGGAAGGUGGAGGAGCUUCAGUCGCAGGUGGAUAAGCUGAGUGGUGACGUGGAUGCAGCGGGGGAUGAGCAGCAGGCGAUGCAGGCGAGAGUUGACAAGCUGCUGUGCGACGUUUCUCAACUGUCGCAUGACAAGGGUCGCAUGGAGGCGGAGCUGAGCGAGGUACGAGCGGCAGUCGCUGAGAAGGAAGCGGCUGUGACCCGCGCGGAGGAGCGGCUGGCGGAAAUUGCGCAGGAGGCGGACGGACUGCAGAGGCAGUUGCACAACGCAGAGGCAGACGCGGAGAAGGCGGGGAUGGCGGCGGAGGAGGAGAGGGCUGGGCGGGAGGAGGCGGAAGCGAAGGUGGGCGAGUUGGAGGAGAAGGAGCAGCGGCUGGUGGGGAAAUACGAGGAGGAGAUCGGAGUGCUUCAGGAGAGGGUCGCGGAGUUGAAGCGGGAGCUGUCGGCAGAGCAGGAGCGCCGCCGCGGAGAGGCGGAGAAGCUGGCGGAACAGCUGGAGGAGGCGCGGGUGGCGCUGGAAGGCGCGCGCGCGGAGGAGAAGCACGCGAGGGAGGAGGCGGACCGGCUGAGCGGGGAGCUGGCAGCUGCGGUGCUCAAGACUGGGGAUGCUCAGCGGGAGCUUCAGGCCGAGAAGGCUGCGCGCGAGCUGGUUGAAGAGAAGGUUGCAGAGAUGGAAAAGGAGAAGGAGUCGAUGAUGCGAGAUCACGAGGACGUGGUGGUGGGGCUGCAGCGGGAGAUGAAGAGCGAGCGGGAAGAGGCGGAGAAGGAGAAGGCGUGGAGGCGGAGCGAGGUGGAGGAGGUGAAGGGAGAGAUGGGGUCGAUCGUGGUGGGGCUGGAAGGCAAACUGGCGGAGAUGGGAGCGCGGGAGGGGAGGAUGGAGGAGGAGGCGCGGCGGAAGCAGGAGGAGGUGGAGGCGCUGGAAAAGCGGGUGAAGGAGCUGGAGUGGGAGAUGAGGCGGCGGAACGAGGAGCAGCGGCAGGGGCUGAUGGCGGCGGUGCAGCGAGGGGUGGAGAGUGGGCAUGCGGGGGAUGCCCUGGUGGAGGAGGUGAGGGAGCUGCUGGUGAGGCUGGAGCAGGAGGGGGUGCGCGCGCAGCAGGUGGCGCAGAUGGAGGAGAGGUUGAAGGAGCUGGAGGCCAAGCUGCAAGACGCAGAUGAGCAGCUUGCUGAGCUGGCGGACAAGGACGAACAGCUGUCGGCGUCUGAGUGGACCAUUGAGCGGAUGGGCGAGGAGCUGAAGCGCGCCAAGGAGGGCACCGAAUCGCGCAAGGCGGAGGUGUCCCAGCUGCAGCACCAGCUGCUGUGCGCGUCCGCCACCCUGGAGGAGCGCGAGAAGGACCUGGACGCGCUCAGGCGCAUGCUGGAGGAGUCCAACGGCAAGCGCUGGCGGCGCGCACGGCAGAUCAAGCGCAUGGAGUGCGAGCUGGCUGCGCUGAGGGAGGAGCUGGGGCGGGAGAGGAAGAGGCGGAGGCCGGAGGGGAGCAGGGGAGAUGGCGGGGAGGAGGAGCGUGAGGAGAGCCCCGUGCGGUUGGCUUCUGGAUCGGUGAUCGCAGUGGGAAUGGGAGGAGCUCAGCAGGAGGGAAGCGGGACGCCUGGGCUGAUCUUGGCGCCGAAUCCUGGGCAGAGCGGGCUGUAUGCAAGGAGGUUUAGGAGCCGGGUGGCUGCUAUGGCUGCUGAGGGCGGGGAGGGGGUUGUGGAGAAGGUUGAGACGACUGGCAGUGAGGGUGGAGGGGGGGAGGGAGGUGGAGUGGUGGGGGUGUUUGAGUUCAAGUCUCCUGCUGCUGCUCGUGCUGCUGCUUCUCCUGCUUCAGCCGCUGGUGGUGUUGCUGCUCCUGCUGCUGCAGCUGUUGUUGGUGUAGCUGCUGCUGGUACGCCUGCUUGGCUCGCAAUAGAAGGUGGUCUUAAUGUGGUGAUGGCAGGAGUACACGAUGAGGAAGAGGACGAGGAGGAAGCACCCAAGGCACUGAAUUUCGACCUGGUGGAGAAGGAAGAGGAGACGGGCGUAGGAGUGCUGGUUGGUGAGAAGGAGGAACUCCUGGAGGCAGAUCAGGGCGAGAAGGGCACGACGGAAGCUGUGGUUGCAGAAGAAGAGUCGGCGGAAGAGGAGCUUGCGGCCUUGAGGUCUCGCUUUGAGCAGGAGGUGAUGGGUGAGAUAGUGGGCGGGCUCGACGUGGAAGUUUCUCAGCUUCGAGAGCUGCUGGCUGAUGCUGAGAAGAAGCAGGCAGCAGGUGCUGCUGCUGCUGAGGCGAUGGGAGGGCUUCAGGAGAAGGUUUUCCUGCUCCAGAAGCAGCUGGGCGAGGCUGAGAAGAAGCAGGGAGAGGCAGAGGAGGAGGCAAGAAUGGCGAGGCAGAAGCUGACGGUUCUGGAGAAGGAGCUUGCUGCUGCUGAAGCGGCGGUUAUGCAGGAGAGGAGGGCUGCUGCUGCUAUGAGGGUGGAUUUGUCUGCUAUGACAAGCGAGCGCGAUGGUUUGCUGCAGAAGGUGGUGAUCUUGGAGCAGCAGGAGCGGGCAGUUGUGGAGAACACGGGGUGUGUGGAGGGGAAGGGGAUGGGGCAAGAAGUUGAUGCGAUGAAAGCUGAGGUGGCUGCCAUGGUGAGUGAGAGAGAGGCACUGCUUGGGAAGGUAGUGGAGUCGGAGAAGCAGGUGCGGGCCGCUGGGGAAGAGAAGGGUGGAAUGAAGGAGAAUCUGUUGGAGGGAGAUGCUGAGAGGCAGCGGCUGGUGGCAGCUGUGCAGCAGAAGAGUGAGGAGAUUGAAAUGCUGGAGCUGAUGGUUGCAGAGAUGGGUAAGAGAGGGCACUCGGAGCGCAUGGGGACGGUCAUUGCUGCUGUUGAGGGGAUGGGAGUGGGCGCUGGGGAGGCGGAGCCAGGGAGUGGGGAUGAGGAGGCAGUGAACAAUGGCGUAAUGGAUGGAGAGCAGGGAUUGGACGGGGAGGUGAGGAGGCUGCAGGGGAUGGUAGGGGAGAUGAAGGGGAGAGAGGAAGCAGCAAAGAAGGUGGCAGCAGAGAAGGCUGCUCUGGCCCAGCGGCUGGAGGGGAAGCUGAAGAAGGUGGAAGGGGAGAUGAGGGAGCGUGAGGGGAAGGAGGCGCUGCUGAAGCGGCAAUGCAAGAACGCGGAAGGGGAGCUGGAAGUUGCGAGGGGGGCGAGGCAGGGAAUUGAGGCACAGGUGAGGGUUCUGGUGGAGGAGGCUGCGGGGUUGAAGCGAGCGGCUGAUGAGGCGGAGAAGGGGCGUCGGGAAGCCGAGGCGAAGCUGGCAAAUGCAAACGGGCAGCUGAAGAGGCUUGAGGCGGAGUUGGAGGUGGUCCGGGCAGUAAAAACUGCUCUGGAGGGUGAAAAGGGAGAGAUGGUGCCUCAGCUGGAAGCUGAGGCAGAGAAGUUGAGGGAGAAGGUUGCGGAGUAUAAAAGGCAAGAGGAGGAGAUGCAGGCGAGUGCAGCAGCUGCUGCGGAGAAGAUUGAACAGGAGCUGAAGGUGAGUGCGAGCCGGGUGAGUCAGCUGGAGAAGGAGGUGGAGAGGCGGAAGCAGGGAGAAAAGGAGCUGAGGAAGGAGAUUCAGAGGCUGGAAGGAGAGAAGGAUCUGAGUAAGAAGCUGCUUGCUGCAAAGGAGAUUGGGGAGGGGAUUACAGCGAGAGGGGAGGGGAGUCGUUCCAUGGGGUUGAGCAACAGAGCUGCUGGGGGUGGGGUGGUGUUUCCGCGGGUUGUGAACGAGGCUGGUGCGGAGGACGGGGCGGGUGCGGGCCGAUCUGUACUGAGGUCCUGGACAGGAGGGAAUGGGGCGGGGGUGGAGGCGACAGGUGGGAUAGGGAAUGUGAACAAGAGGAUUGCUGUUUUCUCUGCUGCCUCUCGUGUUGCCAGCCCCACCAAGCCUGUGAAGCUGCAGCGUCUUGCGGUGGUGACUGGGCCGGAAGGGAUCGGUGUGGUGAACAAGGAGAAUGAGGAAGUGUAG